AUGGCUGCGGCCGCCAUGCUCGUGCCGGUCAUGCUGGCUCUCUGCACGGCAGCGGCAAACGCAGCCGUCGUGGAACACACCUUCAAGCUGGGCGGUACGAAGAUCACCCAGGCCUGCAUGGAUAGUGUGAUCUACACGGCCAACGGCCAGCUGCCGGGACCGAGCAUUGAGGUUAGCGAAGGCGACACACUGGUCGUCCACGCUGUGAACGACUCACCGUACCCUCUGUCACUCCACUGGCACGGCAUAUACCAGCUACGGAGUGGUUGGAACGACGGAGCCAACAAGAUCACGCAGUGCCCCAUCCAGCCUUCCAGCAAUUUCACGUACCGGUUCAACAUCACUGGCCAGGAGGGGACGUUGUGGUGGCACGCACACUCGUCGCUUCUCCGAGCCACCAUCUACGGCGCCCUCAUCAUAAAACCGAGGAACGGGUCGAGUGGGUAUCCGUUCCCAACACCGUAUGAAGAGAUCCCAAUCCUACUGGGCGAGUGGUGGAACAAAAAUGUUGACGAGGUGGAGAAGGAUGGGAACAUGACCGGCAAAGGACCUAAGAUUUCAGAUGCGCUCACCAUCAACGGCAUGCCAGGAGACCAGUAUCCUUGCCAAGGUUCCGCCAUGUAUAAAGUGGAGGUGGAGUAUGGCAAGAUGUACCUCUUGCGCAUCAUCAACGCUGCAGUCAAUGUGGAGCUCUUCUUCAAGGUGGCCGGCCACACCUUCAUCGUGGUCGCUGCCGACGCCAGCUACACCAAGCCAUACGCCACCGACGUCAUCGUUAUCGCACCGGGCCAAACGGUGGAUGCCCUCAUGAACACAUCAGUAUCGCCAGGCCGAUACUACAUGGCAGCCCACGUCUUCGACAGCAAAACCGUCGCCAUUCCCUUCGAUAUGUCAAUCGCCAAGGGUGUCAUCAGGUACAAGGGUGUGCCAGAUUACGCCCCGGCGGCCAUGCCGACCUUGCCGCCCCACAACGACGUCGUCACCGCCGGAAGAUUCUACUGGUCACUCACCGGCCUCGCACGCCCGAGCGAUCCCGCCGUGCGAACAACUGUCAACCACAACAUGGUGGUCACUUUCGGACUAGACCAGGCACCGUGCGCGCCAUACCAGACGAGUUGCAGUGGGUUCGCGCUAGUGGCCGCCAUGAACAGGAACUCGUUCCAGUUCCCGGAGAAAGUGUCGCUCCUCGAGGCGCUCUACAAGGGCGUGCCAGGCGUGUACUCGGAAGACUUCCCGGACUUCCCGCCGCCGGUGCAAGGAUUCAGGAAGGCCACAACAGUGAAGAAGGUGAAGUACAAUGAUGUGGUGGAGGUGGUACUGCAGAGCGAGGAGUACAGCAGCGCGCUUGGCACCGAGAACCACCCAAUCCACCUGCACGGCUUCGACUUCUUCCUGCUAGCGCAGGGGCUCGGCCGGUUUGACCCAUCCAUGAAGAGCAAGUACAACCUCGUGGAUCCACAAGUGCGCAACACCGUCGCUGUGCCGGCCGGUGGGUGGGCAGUGAUUCGGUUCACGGCGAACAACCCAGGUAUGUGGUUCAUGCACUGUCACUUGGACGCGCACCUGCCGUUGGGGCUAGCCAUGGUUUUCGAGGUACUGAACGGACCAUCCCCGAAUCUACUCCCUCCGCCUCCUGUUGAUUAUCCAAAAUGCUAUGGAUGAACGUCUUACAGAUUAUGUGUAACUGUGUACACAAUAUACUCAAUGAGUUCAUGUUAUCAGGAAUGAUAUUGGUAUCGGGGAGUUUUCACCGGGGGAAACAAAUAUUUGAGUGUGCGAGGUGUGGCCAUAUUCAAAUUCCAUGUACUUAGUGCUUGUGUGGUCGUCAUUCUUUUUUUAAUUUGUGCUUGUGUUAGCAAAAUAAUGUUCAAAGUUCAUCAUUUCUUAAGAUUUCAAUAUUUUCCUUAAAAAAGAUUUCAGUACAGAAUAAGGGGGAUUUAUAUAACCUUCUUAUUCAUCAUUGUCAUGUUACUACUUAAUUCAUCCUUUUGGCCUAUCACUGUAAGUUGUAACACAAUAGCUCCGCAUGAAAAUGUUCGUUCAGUACGAAUUGGAAUAUCUGCACACAGGCUAAUAGAAUGAACUACU